AUGAUCUUGGCCCGAUGGGCCGCUGGGCCAACCGCAGCGCCCCCAGACCCUCCGCCGGGCGAGGGCGAAGGCGGCACGAGCCAGGGACAGAUCCCUGAGCAAGGCCCCGGACAAGUCCCUGGACACGGAGCAGUCCCUGGGGCAGUACCUGGAGCUGGAGAUGGCGCCACGACCAAAGUGGCCAAGUCGACUCCGGGCAAGAGGACGAGGACCGGCAAGACGAGCCGCAAGUCCAAGAUGAAUAAGAAGACGGCGUCGUCCACCCCGCCACUGUCUUCUGCACCCGCGUCUGCAGGCGCAUCCAGGGCCACAUCGCUGUCCCCAACCUUUCCCUCGCCCGUCGCCGUCACACGGCCGUCGACGAGGACGACGUCGAGAACCUCGUCCUCCUCCUCGGCGCCGACGACGAGAUCGACGAGAACACCCACUGCCGCCAACACAAACGCCAACGCAACCCCCACCACAUCACCACCCACCACCUCGGCCGCCGCCAUACAUCGGCGCGCCUUCAGGAACAUGGAGCCGCCCGUUGUGUCCUUCUACGGCAACGAGCCCAUUCCGCUGCCGUCGCGCUUCGCCGGCGUCAAGCGGCGGCUCAUCACGGGCCACGAAGCCGCCGUCGAGGCUUCUUGGCGCCGCCUGCUCGUGGCUCUCGCCCGUGAGAUUGACGAGAUUCAGCGCCGCGGCGCCGAGCUCAUCCCGACCAUUAAUUUCAACGACAUCAACGACCCUGUGCGCGUCGACGCCUUUGCCCACCACCUCAAGCGCUAUGGCGUCGCCGUCAUCCGCGGCGUCGUGCCCGAAGACGAGGCCAAGGAGUGGGUGCAGGAAACCCGCGAGUAUCUUGACACGAACCGCGAGUUCAAGCCGCCGGCUCUCCACGAUCCGACCUGUAUCGACCUCUUUUGGACGCCCGUCCAAGUCCGAGCGAGAGCCCAUCCCAACAUGCUGCGUGCCCAGCGCUUCGCCAUGAGCUUCUGGGAGUCGACGGACGACCUGCACAUCACGCGAUGCCCCGUCAGCUACGCCGAUCGUCUGCGCAUUCACAAUGACAAGCUCGGCGCCGUGGGCCAGCAGAACGGCAACUCGGCCGCCGACUCGCUCUCCGCGAGUGCAUCGUCCACCGUCAUCGCCCAGGUCGACAGUGGUUCCCUCGAGCGCUGGGAACCUGAUGGCUACGGGCGCGGCGGUACCUACGAAGCCGUCUUCCGCGGUGACUGGGAGUCCUACGACCCCUGGGAUCCAGCCGGUCGCGUCGGCGCCACCACGGAUCUCUACAACGGUGCCGGUGCCUGCAGCGUCUUUCGCAUGUUCCAGGGUAUUCUCGCCCUGACCGACAUUGAGCAGGGCAUGGUGCGCGUGCUGCCUUCGCCUAAGCUUGUCGCCGCCUACUUCCUGCUGCGGCCCUUCUUCUCCCCACGCCGUCCUCCUCCUGAGCAGCCCGAUGGCGGCAAAGCUGAUCAGUGGGCCGCCUACCUCGAUGCCGACAACUGGGCCCUCGACCCAGAACCCUCGACCGUCAUUCACGGCGCCGUUCCCGGCCACGCCCAACGUAUCACCGAGCGCUGGCACCCCCAUCUUCACAUGCGCCGCAGUCUCGUCUCCCUGCCUGCCCUGCAACCAGGUGACUAUGUCAUCUGGCACUGCGACGAGGCAUACUCCAUCAUCAGCGGAGGCACCCGUCUCGGCGUGCCUCCUUCUAUGCAGACAGAGUCGAACGAGCUCUCGCUGCUAACUUACAUGCCCGUCUGCCCCCUGACCCAGACCAAUGCCCUCUUCCUCGCGCGCCAGCGCAAAGCCUUCCAGACGGGUCAGCCGGGUCCCGACUUUGACACCCUCAGCGGCCUGGGCAGCGAGGCCUCUCACAUUCAACGCCCCGACGCCGCGACCAUCGAGCGUUACGGUGGUGUAGAGGGUCUGCGCGCCAUGGGUCUCGCGCCCUGGGACAUUGAGCCCGCCGGCGCACCGCCGCGUUCGGUGCCCGCAUCGGAUGCGAUGGACGUCGACAGCGGCGAGCCCCCCAAAGCGUCGGCGCCGGCCGAACAAGACGAGGACGAGAACGACGCGACGCGCUCGGCGUCGAGCCACAGCGAAGCCGAGGCCGAACUUCUGCGCCUCGCCAACAUCAUCCUGUUCCCGAGCCGCUAUGACUUUUACAUCCCCGGCGGCUCGGGCCGCAGCGGCAGCGGCGACCGCACGCCGCGAACGGGCCUCGUAUCGGCGCCCGUGCUCAACAACGGCAUCACGAGCGGUACCGUGCCCGCCUCGGCCCCGGCCGCCUCGUCGGCGCCGUCGGCGCCCAGAACCAAGGCGCCGCCGCCCAAGACGGCCGUCAACGGCGCGGGCCCGACGGCCACGGCGGGGCCCACCUGA